AGCGGUUAGCACGCGAGAUUUUGAUCAUUCAAAUAUUCUCGAGUCCGUGAGUUUACUCUAAUCAUCUUCCGAUGGUAUCUAAUUCUAACUCAUUUCAGUGGGUUCGAGCCCCAGUACGACCUGAACUAAUACCAUGUCUUUUUGUAAGAGUAUCUCCUCUUGGAGACGACUAACAUCACUUUCUUUCUUUUUCAUGGGUUCAUCUUUCGCGAAGGCUAUUACGUGGUCGCGACAUAAGUUUUGCUCGGCUCUAGCGCGAGACGCGUGAAUGGUAUGUUGGUGACAUGCGCUUUCAGGAACUCGUCAUCAUGCUUGGCUGCAACACUGAAGUGAUCAAUCACUACCAACUACCUUUUCCACUGGCACCUGCCAUACUCGACGCACAAUGCCACGUCGAGCACCGAUAGCAACAGCUAAGCUCGAGGCUCCCACCGUGUCGCGACCACAAACGACCCACACUCAGCGCAUGGAGUAUCGCAUAGGGAGAGGAGAGAUGGGCGUCUUGACCUUCGAGCCCUACAAAUCCUACCUGCUCCCACUAUGGCGGUUUCGAACUCCGGACAUUGCACGACAGUCCUCGACCCUUUUACGAGAUGAGUUUGAGCACUUUGGACAAGAGGACGACUUUGUGGGCAUGGACAUGACUCGCAAGUUUAUACAAAUGGGGUUCACGCGAUCGAAACGAUAUGCAAACCACAAGGGUGGAAGAAAGUACGACAAGGAUCAUGAGGUUCUACCAAAUAGCAAGGAUCACGCGGACAAGGAGGAAAAGGAAGAGUCCAGUCGGAUAUUCAAAGACGUGCUGGAAGAGAUCAAGCAAGAUGAGACGUAUUUGCGACUCAAAGAGCAGUUCCAGAAGGAGCUGAAGGAAUACAAGAAGCAGUCAUGAUGCGAUACUAAACUCAAAACAUAUCAAUCGGCGGCAGUACUUGUUACUGUACACGUUCAAUCAUCUGUGCUCCAAUCUGGAUGGCCACAUAGCUUGGACAGGGUGGUACUGACGACCAGUAUCUGGUGUCAAUGUAGCCUCCAUUCUAUGUCCAUGCAUUUUAGCUCCGAGAUAUCUAGACGUCCCCGCUAAUUUCUCUAGUAGUAUAUGCUCACAUGCGCUUUUUGCAUCAGAAUGAGGCGGUUGGCAAAGGAGGAUGACCAUUUCUCAAUUCUGGGAGAGGUUGUGUGAGACAGGCAGGAAGAAUUAGGAAUGUAGAAGUCUUGAUGUCAAGGGGGAAAUGAAGUACACCAUCUGUCCCAUAUGUCUGACCAUUCCGCGACAGUGUAGACCUUGAGAGGCUACUCUAAUUCAAGCACCCAUGGAAUAGGGCAAAUUAGU